AUGGAGUCCAGAUACCUUAAAAGAUGCCUAGGCAGAUGCCUGAGUCAAGCCCUUGCAGAAGUGGCAAAAUUUCGACCAUUAGACCCAAUAGAAUACAUAGCAUUCUGGAUCUACAAAUAUAAGCAAAAUUUGGACCUGGAAGAAGCGAGGCAAUUGGAGCAGGCUGAGUUGGAGCAUGCACAAGAAUUAGCUAGACUUGAGCAGGAAAUGUUGGAACGGCUGAAACAAGAGGAAUUGUUACUUCAGCAGCAACGUCUAGAGCUGGAAAUGCAAGAAAAAGAGAGGUUGAGACUUGAAGAGGCAGAGAAGGCUCGGCAUGAAAUGCAAAGGAAAGAAAAGUUGAUAUUAGAAGAGUUAGGGAAGACAGAGUUCGCAAGUGAGAAUGUUGGGGAAGAUAAUGUAGCAGAAGUGGAAGGGUUACAUAAGACACUGGCUGAAAUUAGUGACAGAUAUGGAGCACCUAACUUAACUCGAGUUGAAGAAUUAGAGGAACCAUCCAUUUCUGAUGCAGCAUUGGAUGUUGAAAAAGAAGAUUAA